GCGACGUACCGAUUUCAUACGGUUUGACGAGCCUUCUACAAGCGUCUAAGGUUGUGUUUCAUGUAUUUCGUCGUUGUCCAUAAGAUCUAACGAAAUUGAUUUUGUAAAAUUUUAAAAAUUUGUUUGAUUUUGAAACUCACGGUGGUUUGGGUGGUUGUUCGAUGAGCGUUGGUGGCCGUUGACCACUAGAGAGAACGGUAAAAAAUUUUGUGUAUAGUAAAAGUGUGAAAUUGAGGUAAAAUUAAUUAUUUUUUAUAAUCAUUAUUAUAAGGAUAAAUACGUAAUUUUAUUUUAUUUUGCGGGCGUUAGUUAGAUAUUUGAGAGCGAUAUUUAACAACCCUUUUUUUUUUGUUUUUUAAUAUUUGGUCGUCUUAAAAAAUAUACGGUUUGUUUUUAAAAAAAUAAAUAAAAACUGUCAAACUGUUUCUCUGAGUGCCCAUUGAAGCGCGACUUCACAUAUUUGUAUCCUCCAUUGAUGCAGCUUCUGAGGUUUGGUGUUUGGAUGAAACUAUGAAAAUGGUGACCUAAUUUAUUUUUCCAAAGAAAACGAGAUGGAAAAGAGAGAAGAUCGGGUAGCUUUAAGGUUAUGUGAGAAGAGGAUGUGCGUUAUGAGCAAGAAUGAAAGUGUGGAUCGGAUCUCGUGGUUGCCGGAACACGUUCUCCAUGUUAUACUUGAUAAGCUUGAUCCAUUGAAAGAUGUAGGUCGAAGUUCCGUAUUGUCCAAGACCUGGAAAAGUGUAUGCAGUUCAUACCCCAUGGCCCCCUUUGUAAAUUUGGAUCAUAACUUAUUCGGACUGAAAUUGCUCCAAAGCAGGCAACAGCCUGAUAAUGAUGAAAUAAGGGUGAAUUUCAUGGAUUUUGUGGAUCAUCAAUUGUCCCAACUCAUACAAAAUAAAUUACGCGUACAUAAGUUAGCAUUGUAUGUGGCAGUCAGUGAUCCCAUAUGUUUCUCCCGCGUUGAUCACUUGAUUGAGUUGGUCACCAAACUAAGUAUGGUUGAGGAGCUGUGCUUGUUUGUACAGACACAACACACCGGGUGGAAUGAAAUCGAUGAUAAUUUUGUUUUUACAAUAUUCCCUUCUCUGUUCUGGCUUCAAAAGGAUUGCGUUCCCUUAAUGUACAUGGAUGCAAGUUUUCUAGCAACAUGUCCAUUGCCUUUUCCUCUCUGCAGCACUUGUCCUUAUUGUAUGCUGUGAUUGAGGACGAUGAUGUAAUGAAUCUAACGCACUCUUGUCCUGCAAUUGAAACUUUAGAGUUUGAUCAUUGCACGUUUUGGAUUAAUACCCUGGAGCUUUCAGUGUUUCCUAGGCUAAAGAAAGCUACUUUUCUUGAUCGUUAUGAUUAUCUCAUUGAUACUGUUCUUGAUCACACUGGUCUUGAGAGUUUCACAUAUAAAGCUGGUGCAAGAUGUGUGUUCGCUGCAGCUGUUUAUGCUAGUAUCAAAGAGCUGACCUUGUCCUAUGAUUGCACUAUAAGCGCGCUUAAUCUUUUUGUAGACCUUACAGACACUUUCCCAUUCCUUGAGGAAGCUGAUCUUACUUUAAGAUUGCAAUACGUGGAUGGUGGAGAUACUUUUAAAACUUUUAGAGCAGCUAAUCAUCAUCUCAGCAAAUUAUCUAUUUCCAUUCCAAAUGCUGUUCAAGUGGAGGAGAUCAAUAUUAGUUGUCCAAAUUUAGAGUGGUUCAAGUUUCAUGGUUGCGGUCUGAAACAGAUUUGCAUUAACUGUCCCAGCCUAAGGCAGUUCCACUACGUUGGGAAUGAAAUCCCUGUGUUGCCUUUAUUAAACGCAUCACCUACUGGUAUGGAGGAUAUAUAUUUCCAACUUGGUAAAAUUUAUGAUUUCAGCAAUCUAUGGUUCAUCCAGAUGAGGGGAUUAAUUGAACAGAUGGCUCGAGUAGGACGUGUGUUUCGUCUGAGUCUAGAUUAUGAUGUAAAGAUGGUUGAUUUUGUUCCAAAGCAAUAUGGACCUAUUGAGGCUAUACAACAGCCCAAUGUUCACUUAGAAAUAAAAUUUGAGGAGCUUAUGAAUCCAGCUGCACUCGUUGAUGGCUUGAUUUGGAGCACUCGUCCAACCACUAUAACUAUAUACAGUUUUCAUCAGCAUGAUAUUGUCAAGGAAAUUUGUCAAAAAUUAGCCAAGAGAUCUCCAGAAAAAACUUGUGAGAGAAGUUGCAACAAAUGUUGGAGGCAUCACUUACAAGAUUUUGAAGUUGAGAGCUCCAUCAAAGAUGAAGAAAUUAUGUGUCAUUUGGCAACUUUUGUAGAGAGGGAUCCAUAUAGGCCAUAUAGAACUAAGUCUUCAUUUAAAUUAUGCUGGCGAAAAUAAAUGUAGUUCGGACCAAGCUAAGCUUGGUUUAGGGGGAAAGAUUGUACCCUUGAGGUUGGGGGUUCAAUCCUCACUAGAUGCACUUUGAGGGUGGAGAUCUCUUACCCUUCCCCCUCACUCUCAAAGUGUUUAACCCGUAAAUACCGGACCAAAAAAACCAUGAAGAUUGAGAUUCAAUUCGGUAAGGGUCCUUCUCCUUACCGUAAAAAAAAAAAAAAAAAAAUGUAGUCCGGGGUGUACCGCGGUACGCUGUUUGGUUUGUUGCAAUUUGGCACUUUAAUCAACCCAAACUGCAAUAGUGCAGUCAACCGCACCAACGAGAUUGUAUCCUAAAUUUAUAUACUCCAUAAUAUAUGAUAAAGCAAACUUAAUUUAA